CACAGCAUUCCCAAGCUGCAGAGAAGAGCCCAGCUCCAGACUUCCACCAACUCAUGGACUGAUAGACUACAAAUAUGCUGGACUUUGUGUUUGCUGUUGAUGAUGCUGUGACCUGGCAUAUGAUGAACUUGUUAAAGAACAGGAGUCAUUAUUCCUUCCUUAAAUUUUUUGGGCCCAAAAAGAUAAGUAACAUACAGAGAUAUGGAGCCGGAAUUUACUACAACACCUUAGUGCCAUGCAAUGGCAGGAUGAUAAAAUAUGGAGUAAUUAGCACUGAUGCCCUGAUUGAGGAUUUGUUUCACUGGAAAACUCUCUAUGCGGCUGGGCGCCUACAAAAACCGGUGAAAAUCCUGGCCCAGAAUGAGAACAGCAGGCUGCAAGCUGCUCUUGUCAGCAACCUGAAGAGUGCAGUGACAGCAGCCUUCCUCAUGUUGCCAGAGAGCUUCUCUGAAGAGGACCUUUACAUGCAGAUUGCAGGACUCUCCUACUCUGGUGAUUUCAGAAUGAUAAUAGGAGAAGACAAAUCCAAAGUGCAAAACAUAGUGAAGCCCAACGUUGCCCAUUUCCAGAAGCUGUACAGUACCAUACUCCAGGACUGCCCUCAAGUGGUGUACAAGCACCAUCUGGGAAGGCUCGAGAUUGAUAAAAGUCCAGAAGGUCAAUUUGCACAGCUUAUGGCUUUGCCAAAGACUCUGCAACAAAAGAUAACUGCUCUGGUAAACCCUCCUGGAAAGAACAGAGACGUGGAAGAAAUUUUACUGCAAGUUGCCCAUGAUCCUGACUGUGGAAUUGUGGUUCAUCAAGGCAUUUCAGGAAUUGUGAGAUCCUCCAGCGUGGUGCAGAGUGCUAAAACCAUCCUGACAGCUGGGGCAAAGAAAUCCGUAACUUACAGUCUGAAGAAAUUAUAUAAGAUGACAAAGGGAGGGUUAAAGAAGACAUCUUGAGUCUUUACAUACUGUGUAUGGGUAAAUAAAUGGUACUUUUUCUCUAAA